GCGGAGGCGGGGCCGGGCGCCAGGAGCUGGUUCCCGAGGCGCGGAGGCCGCGGCUGGGGGCGGGGAGGGGGCGCAGGACCCCAGGCGGGGGUCCCGGAGCCGAGGGCCAGUUCCCGUCCCCCAGCAGCAUGGCAUCGUGUGCUGAGGAGCCCUCUGAGCCUGCCGCCCCACUGCCUGCUGGGGUUCCCCCACUGGAGGAUUUUGAGGUGCUGGACGGGCUUGAGGACGCAGAUGCUGAGGAAGAGGAGGAGGAAGAGGAUGAUGAUGACCUCAGUGAGCUGCCACCACUUGAGGAUAUGGGACAGUCCCCAGCGGAGGAGGCCGAGCAGCCUGGGGCACUGGCCCGAGAGUUCCUGGGCUCUGUGGAGCCCGCGGCUGUGCCAACUCCUGCCCCCGAAGAGUGGCUGGACAUUCUGGGGAACGGGCUGCUGAGGAAGAAGACGCUGAUGCCGGGCCUGCCCGGCUCGGGCCGCCCCACCAAGGGCCAGGUGGUGACGGUGCAGCUGCAGAUGUCCCUGGAGAACGGCACGCGGGUGCAGGAGGAGCCCGAGCUGGCCUUCACCCUGGGGGACUGCGAUGUCAUCCAGGCCCUGGACCUCAGCGCCCCCCUCAUGGAUGUGGGUGAGACGGCCAUGGUCACUGCCGACUCCAAGUAUUGCUAUGGCCCGCAGGGCAGCAGGAGCCCCUACAUCCCCCCACACGCGGCACUGUGCCUGGAGGUGACCCUGAAGACGGCAGUGGACGGGCCCAACCUGGAGCUGCUCACUGGCCAGGAGCGCGUGGCUCUGGCCAACCGGAAGCGUGAGUGUGGCAACGCCCACUACCAGCGGGCGGACUUCGUGCUGGCCGCCAACUCCUACGACCUGGCCAUCAAGGCCAUCACCUCCAGCGCCAAAGUGGACAUGACCUUCGAGGAGGAGGAGCAGCUGCUGCAGCUGAAGGUCAAGUGUCUCAACAACCUGGCCGCCUCACAGCUCAAGCUGGAUCACUACCGCGCCGCCCUUCGCUCCUGCAGCCUGGUGCUGGAGCACCAGCCCGACAACAUCAAGGCGCUCUUCCGCAAGGGCAAGGUGCUGGCGCAGCAGGGCGAGUACAGCGAGGCCAUCCCUAUCCUGCGGGCGGCACUGAGGCUGGAGCCCUCCAACAAGACAAUUCACGCCGAGCUCUCAAAGCUGGUGAAGAAGCAUGCGGCACAGCGGAGCACAGAGACUGCCCUGUACCGGAAGAUGCUGGGCAACCCCAGCCGGCUGCCUGCCAAGUGUCCCAGCAAGGGCGCCUGGUCCAUCCCAUGGAAGUGGCUGUUUGGGGCGACUGCUGUUGCCCUGGGGGGUGUGGCUCUCUCUGUGGUCAUCGCUGCCAGGAACUGACCACCCAGGUGGCCGCCUCCCCUCCUCACACCAUGGGCCCCACCCCGUCCCUCCUCCCCCAGGCUCCCUGUCCACUGCCCGCUGGCCUAGCCCCUCCCCCUGGGCGGGGCAGGAAGGACGGUGAACGGAGUGACGGGCCCCGCCCCACAGAGGGCGGUGAGGUGUGGCCCGGAGGGAGGGACCGAGGGGGUUGGGGGGCUGCUCCUCCAGACUGGCUCCCUGUCCCCAGGGUCAGGCCUCAGUUUCUCUUUUCCACAGCCGGGGGCGGCCUGCCCCCAGCCCUGGCCCAGCACCUGCCCUCCCGCCUACCUAUUGCCCUGCCCACUUCCCACAGUGAAAUAAAGCCUCCCUCCCUGCAA